AAGUGCACAACUGAAGAGCCUUUUUAUAUUAAAUUACGAGGAAUCGUUGGCAGCUUCUUAGGAUUCCAUAUACAAUUGAAACCAUUUAAUUUCAUAAAUUCCUUUGCAUAAGACAUUCUCGACAUGCCGGAACUGAACACAGAGCAGGACACUCAGCCACAAGCAACGACAGAGUCCAAGGCGCCCGCCUACGACCCAAAUAUACUGCCAGAUAUGCUACCCGUCUACUAUAGACGCCUCUUUCCACACGAGCCCUUCUAUCGCUGGCUGAACUAUGGACAUUCUGAGGACAAUAUAUUUGUGAAUCGGGAAAUUUCAUUCACGCUGCAGGAUGAUAUCUACAUACGCUACUUGUGCUUUGAGACGCAGGCGGAGCUGGAGAAGGAGAUCUGUACGCGUAAUCCCUAUAAAAUAGAUAUCGGGCCUGUGAUGAACAUCAGGCCAAAGAACUUCCGCACUGUGGCCGGUGGCUUGACGCCCGUACAGCGUGAAUUGGUCUUCGAUAUUGAUGCUACGGACUAUGACGAUAUACGUAACUGUUGUUCGGGUGCAGAGAUGUGCCUCAAGUGCUGGAAGUUUAUGAUGUUGGCGGCGAGAGUUUUGGAUGUUGCAUUGCGCGAGGAUUUCGGCUUCGAGCACAUGCUGUGGAUAUUCUCGGGUCGUCGAGGCAUACAUUGCUGGGUAUGCGAUCACACGGCUCGCCAUUUGGACGCGCGUGCUCGAGCAGCGGUCGCUGAGUAUCUAAAUAUUCUGAGCUAUACGAACAAUGUGGCCCGUGUCCAAAUUGGCGAUCGUACGCAUCAUAGCCUGCGGCGUGCUUUGAAAAUUGUGGAGCCCAUGUUUGAGGAGAUCAUCCUCGAGGAUCAGAAUCUGUUUGGGUCUCCCAAAGGCGUCAGCAAACUGCUGCAAAUGGUUAGCGACGAGGGGGCUCGCAGUGAUUUGGAGGCGUAUCUGCAGAAGAGCCACGAGGAUGGCGCCCACUCGAAAUUGAUCUGGGAGAGCUUUGUGCGCUAUGCGAAUUCGAUGCGCACGAGUGCGGCCAAUGUGUGGAGUCGCAAGCUGAAGCACAUUGUGGAGGAGGUGCAGCUGUGCCUGCUCUACCCCCGGCUGGACAUCAAUGUGACCAAAGGCUUCAAUCACUUGUUGAAGGCGCCCUUCUGCAUCCACCCGGCCACGGGCAAGGUGUGCAUACCGUUUAGUGCCAGCGCCGUGGGCAAGUUUGAUCCGACAACGGUGCCCACCAUCUCGCAGCUGCUGCAGGAGAUCAAUGCCUAUGAUGACAAGACGAAGAGCUAUAUGGAUGCGCCCGAGGACAAGAGUCGCAUCAAGGACUACAAAAAGACGAGCAUGUUCAAGGGCGUUGUGGUCUUCGAGGAGUUUCUGCGUAAGCUGGAACGGAACUUCAAGACGAAGUCAAUGGACUUCUAGAGACAGAUUCUCGCUUGGACACAUAUGUAGCUCUAGGCCCAAUUGAUUGAAGCUUUUGGAUUUAUUAUAUACUCUGUUUUUAUUAUAAGCAUUAGGCUACCAACAAUAAAUAGACUAAAUGAUUGAGUUCACAUGCAA